AUGUAGGCUGUGUUUAGCAGUUAUGAAAUGGUUUGGUUUGGAAAGGUUUUUUCUCCUGGUCACCUACAGCUGAUGUGUUGUGCAUUGACGUCCACAAGCGAAGGGAAAAGGUGAGCGAAUUGAUGUGAGAGGAAAUACAACGUGGCAGUUGUGAAAGUGAACUGUGUUUACGCGUCAUCAGGGGUGAAUUCAUUCAGCCGAUUCUGUUGACAAACGUUUCUUAAAUGGAACAAAACCGGGAUAAACAAACCUGAAUUUGUCCAAUAGAAUCCUAUUUCAGCUAGAUGCAGGCGAGAGUGUGCAAGGCAGUAUUGAAUGUGUCACUGUCUGUCACCUCAAAUGUUUCUAUCGACUAGUGUGCACCUACAUUCUAAACUUUCAUUCAUAGGCUAGGUUGUAGCAACCUCAUGAUAGGUAUAGGGGAAAUGUUAGUAUCAUCUAGUAGCCUAAACCUAUCGCUGUUACAUUGAACAGGAUGGAUGGAAUAUGAAUGACAGUCAUCUAAUAUGCUGUAAUAGAAAUAAGGCCAUGAAUAAACAAAUCGUCCUGCCUCAUCUUAAACGGCACUGACCACCACUUUGGGUGGUGGACCAUUCUUGGUACACAUGGGAAACUGUUGAGCUGGAAAAACCCAGCAACUUUGCAGUUCUUGACACAAACCGAUGAGCCUGGAACCUACUACCAUACCCCGUUCAAAGACACUUAAAUAUGUUGUCUUCCCCAUUCACCCUCUGAAUGGCACACAUGCACAAUCCAUGUCUCAUGUCUCAAGGCUUAAAAUUCCUUAUUUAACCUGACUCCCCCCCUUCAUCUACACUGAUUGAAGUGGAUUUAACUAGUGACAUCAGUAAGGGAUCAUAGCUUUAGCCUGGAUUCACCUGGUCAGUCUAAGUCAUGGAAGGAGCAGGUGUUUUUUAAUGGUUUGUCUACCCAGUGUAUAGCACUACAGAUAAUCAAGUGCUAUUUGCAUGUGAUGCAUUUGCUCUAUUGUUUACAGGGUGAUUUGUAUCUUAUAGAGCGUGGCUUUAAGGGAAAAGUAUGGUCACAUCUAGAUAAAAAGGAAUGCGAAAAAUGAACAGAGUAUUAACACAAAUGUGUUUUAACACACUACCAAUUCGUAGAAGUAUUUAUUAAUCAUCCACAUAUUCAUAUUAAGCUUCUACGUCUGUGUACAGGAACGUAUUAUUUGUAAGACGUACGAGAAAAUAUAUCAGCUUAUUGUUAAAUUAUUAUGACGUUCUUUCCAAUACAAAAGUGUAGUAACUAUUGUUUCCAAACUGCGUUACCCACUCCAGCCAGCAGAUGACGAUGUGCGUCUUUCGGGUGAUGCUUCUUGCGUGACGUAUAAUGGACUGGACCGGACGCUUCUUCAGAAACAACAACGCGGCUACUCUUUCAACCGCCUCGGUAGCUUGCUAGCCAACAUGAAACCGAUUGAUUGACGCGUUACACCGUGUUUGUGUACAUUAGCUAAUCUCAGUGUUUUAAACACAUUUCUGUUGAUUUAUUAGCUGAUGACCUUUAGCCUAAUUUGCUUGUUCAAUUUGCAAACUUGUUUAAGAUUGAUACUGAGCCUAGCACUAGGCUAGUCGCUAAUGCUAACUAACUAGCUAACAUCCCCGACAAUGAGCUCACUAAACUACUCCUCCCCUGCUAAAGAAGAGGGGGUCUGCUGUAUGGAGAAAGAAGCUCUGGGACUGAACAAUGUCGUGGAAGAUGAGGCUGUUACAGUGAAAGUAGAGGAGGCUGUUACAGUGAAAGAAGAGGAGGCUGUUACAGUGAAAGAAGAGGAGGCUGUUAUAGUGAAAGUAGAGGAGGCUGUUAUAGUGAAAGAAGAGGAGGCUGUUACAGUGAAAGAAGAGAUAGCAUCCUCUUCCUCUCUAAAAGUUUCUAUCUCAAUAAAGGUGAAGAAGGAAGACGUUUUGGGAGUGAAAGAGGAGGAGACAGAAUAUCAGAUUACUACCAGAGAGAGACAUGACUAUCGUGGAUCCUCUGGGGAGCAUCAACAACAUCCUGAUGCUGACGAGGCAGAGAAGAGUCUCUCCAGAUCAGAACACCAGAUGGACAACGCUAGCCCUUCCUCCCUCCUGGAGUCCCCGUUUCGUGCCUCUCCCGGUAGCACCUUACUGCUGGGUAUGAAGAGGUUGUCUGUGCUGCUGGUGGACUGCAGGAAAACAACAGGGCUGAGUGGAACUGUGAGAGUAGGAGAAGAGAAGAAAGGAUCAGAUAUGACACAUCAACGUAAGUGUUGUAGUUUAGUUUGAACAAAUACAAUAGAUCUGCCCACUGGUAUCUGUUACCAGGACAACCAGCAGAGUUCUGUUAGUUGACAGGAAGAUAGACUGGUGGAUAUGGAUAUUAUGAAUAUCAUAACAAUGAAAAAUGAUUCUGCCAAUGAAAAGAGAGAAACCAAUAGACCAUAUAAAACCUUGAUGAAAGUUAUUUUUAGAGAGAAAGUUUCAAGAUGAUCUGAUGUAAGGUGCAUAUUUUCCAGAAACUUUCCCUAAAUACAUUAUGGAUGUUACAUUGCCUGUCCCAGUCAAUCCCCUAUCUUUACAAGACUCUAGAAGAGGCAGACAAAACUCCAUACACUUCAAUGUGGUCUGUAUUGCUUCAGCGGCAUACCACCCUGCAUACCACUGCUGGCUUGCUUCUGAAGCUAAGCAGGGUUGGUCCUGGUCAGUCCCUGGAUGGGAGACCAGGUGCUGCUGGAAGUGGUGUUGGAGGGCCAGUAGGAGGCACUCUUUCCUCUGGUCUAAACAAAGAUCCCAAUGCCCCAGGGCAGUGAUUGGGGACACUGCUCUGUGUAGGGUGCCGUCUUUCGGAUGGGACGUUAAACGGGUGUCCUGACUCUCUGAGGUCAUUAAAGAUCCCAUGGCACUUAUCGUAAGAGUAGGGGUGUUAACCCUGGUGUCCUGGCUAAAUUCCCAAUCUGGCCCUCAACCAUCACGGUCACCUAAUAAUCCCCAGUUUACAAUUGGCUCAUUCAUCCCCCUCCUCUCCCCUGUAACUAUUCCCCAGGUCGUUGCUGCAAAUGAGAACGUGUUCUCAGUCAACUUACCUGGUAAAAUAACGGUAAAAUAAAAAUAAAAUAAAAAAUGAAGGUGGAUAUUGAUCCAACCAUUUCAAAAGUAAUGACUGGGCUGAUGGAAACAGGAUAUCCCUGUACACUUUUAUAAAUGCCGACAGACGAUUUGUUAUUUUGUUUGACAUGGUUGGGUCUUUUUGUGUCAGUAAAAAUGUAUAAACGAGAAAUGGUGGCAUUAAUCCUUUAUGCGCAAAUAUUGAUUUAAUAACGAUCAUAUCUUAGUUAACUUGGAGUCACAUGAUGGUAUGUUGUGUGGUCCUCCCUCUACGACUUGGGAACCCAUGCAAUUUAUUAGGCUACAGAUGAAAUAAGUUAUGAACUUCACGGGGUGGUGAAACUGCAUGUGAUGAGCUUGAUGCUCCUUUCCAAUACAUUUUGUUGGUCUUAUUCUGGUGACAUGAUGAUCGAUGCUUGGUUGCCAUUUGACAAAUAAAAUAAUAUCUCUCUUAUCCAUAAUAAUCUCAUUAUGUAGGUAGCCUACCAACACUGUAUCUGUGAGCUGUUGGCUACAGUUUAGUAUUUUUAUUUUUUUAUUUUUGUUGGCUACAGUGCACUGGACAAGAGCACGUUUGCUAUAUAACUCAACGGUUUUUCAAAACCAUCAGUAGAGUUGAAAAUGCAAUGGAAACCCAUUUAACUUGCAUUUUUCAUUCAGUACAUGGGAAUUCAAAAGCAAAACAUUUUGUUCCGUGCACUACUUCAUCACGCAGACUUUCAUCCGCAAUAAAUCUGUUUGAUGCAAACAUUUCCGGUGGGGAAAAUGCAUAUAUUGUUUUAUGCAGAUUUGAGAAUAUUCACAUGAAAAUCUGUCGCAAAUUGCAUGGAAAUGUAGCUACUAAGGUGGAUAUUGAUCCAAUACCUGCCUCUUAUUCAAACCAGCCCACUGGGCACAGACGUCAGUUCAACAUCUAGUUUCUAUUUACAUUUCUUUGAUUCGUCAACUAAAGUGAAUUCAACAUGAAAUCAACACAAAAUGUCACCUGUCACUGGAUUUAGGUUGCCAGUUGUGUGAAAAUUAAUAAAAAUACCUGAUGUUCAUGGCUUUUUACAAAUCCAAUCAGUUUUCCACAUUAAUCGAACAUCAUCACAUGGAUUUGUUUUGUUGAAAUCAAAUAAAAUGUUAUUGGUCACAUACACAUGGUUAGCAGAUGUUUUUGGUCACAUACACAUGGUUAGCAGAUGUUAUUGGUUACAUACACGUGGUUAGCAGAUGUUAUUGGUCACAUACACAUGGUUAGCAGAUGUUAUUGGUCACAUACACAUGGUUAGCAGAUGCUAUUGGUCACAUACACAUGGUUAGCAGAUGUUAUUGGUCACAUACACAUAGUUAGCAGAUGUUAUUGGUCACAUACACAUGGUUAGCAGAUGUUAUUGGCCACAUACACAUGGUUAGCAGAUGGUAUUGGUCACAUACACAUGGUUAGCAGAUGUUAUUGGUCACAUACACAUGGUUAGCAGAUGUUAUUGUUCACAUACACAUGGUUAGCAGAUGUUAUUGUUCACAUACACAUGGUUAGCAGAUGUUAUUGUGAGCGUAGCAAAAUGCUUAUGCUUCUAGAUCUGACAGUGCAGCAGUAUCUAACAGAUAAUAUCUAACAAA